AUGUUCUUCCGGUCCCAGCAUCGACGUGACUGCGCCGCCAAACAAGUGGAACGACAGAGGAAAUUGGAUGAGCUACCCUCAUCGUUCUUCGAGACAUGCACAGAGACCGAUAAUAAGGUGCUUGACUUGUCCCUAAGUGAACUAGUCCGACGCCAUACCGAGGGUUCACUGUCGACGGCGAGCAUUUUGAAUGCUUAUGGGAAGAAAGUGGUCUCAGCGCAGAGGACCACUAAUUGCCUAUCUGGGGUCAUGAUUCAAGAGGCUCUGGUCCCGAAAGAUUCAGCUUCUCCAUCUGGUUCAGCCUGCACAGAUAUUCCCGAAGAACGUUCGAAACCCCUCUCUGGUGUCCUUGUCAGCAUCAAAGAAUGUAUCGAUAUCGAAGGCUACGACACCACCGUAGGCUAUUCUUCUAAAGUCAAUCAUCCCGUUUCAUCGUCCGCAGCCAUUGUCCGACUUCUUCAUGAUGCAGGAGCAAUCACUCAUGUGAGGACUACCGUACCUCCCGGUCUUCUCGGACUGGAGACGUCAUCGGAUCUUUUUGGGCGAACGAGUAAUCCGUAUAACGAGAAGUACUCCAGUGGCGCUUCGAGUGGUGGUGGGGGCGCACUUCUUGCGUGCAGAGGGAGUGUCAUCGACAUCGGCACAGACCUUGGUGGUAGCAUAAGGAUACCCGCCCAUUUUUGUGGAAUCUAUGCUAUGAGGUCUUCGAUAGGACGCUUUCCGUCCCAGGGCACGCAUUCCCCUAUACCUGGACUAGAAUCAGUGGCUACUAUAUCCGCUCCGAUGUCUCGAAGACUAGAAGACCUAGAAGAAUUUUGGAAGCGUGUUGUAGAGAUGCGGCCAUGGGAAUAUGACAACACGUGUGUUCCAUUACCCUGGCGACCCAUAGAUCUUCAAAAGACGAAGCUGAAAUUUGGAGUUGUUUGGAAAGAUGGCAUUAUUGCUCCUUCUCCUGCUUGCCGUCGUGCUUUGGAAUGGGCCUGUGAUGCAUUGGAGAAGCAAGGCCAUGAAGUGGUUGACUUUUCACCUCCUAGCAUCCCAGAAGGUCUUAACGUCGGAUUACAGUUAUGUUUUGGAGAUGGAGGGGCUGGUUUCUUCAAUCCUUUGCGUAAGGACGAGAAAAUCGAUCCCGUGAUGGUUGCUGUCAAGUCUUUAUUGGGGAUGCCCCUUUGGCUCAAGAAGUUCCUGGCGAUGAUCACGCGGAAAUCUACUGGUGAUGAGGUCUGGGCAUCGAUGCUCGAGACGCUUCACCUCAAAUCCCCAGCUGAGGAACGUGCGCUUGUCGUCUCCCGAGAUGAGUACAGAGAAAAGUGGCACCAAGUAUGGGAAGAUGAAGGGUUCGACUUUUUGCUGACGGUUCCACACGCAUUACCCGCCAUCCCUGCUGGAACCGCGGAGAAGGUGACUCUAGUGUCAGCUUCCUACAUGAUGAUUUUCAAUAUCCUGGACUAUGUUGCUGGUGUUCUCCCAGUAACUUUUGUUAACCGCGACUCGGACGCGCUACCGAAGGACUUCAUGAAGAGUGCCGACUACAAGAACAUGGGGUUGAUUUCUAAGGGAGCAUACUCUGUUUAUGAUGCUGAUAAAAUGCACGGACUGCCCCUUGGCGUGCAAGUCGUCGGCAGGCGUUUUGAGGAAGAGAAAGUCUUGCAGGGGAUGAAGAUCGUUGAAGACGCUCUUGAGGGAUCUGAUCGCAAGUUCAUUCCCCGGGAAUUUUAG